GGUGAUCGCCAUGAGAAAAUGGGUGUUCACAUGGCCUCCAUUAUUCGAGGACUCUCCAUAGCUGUCCAACUCCGUGGCCUUUUACGCGAUACACAUCGAGUUGCUGUUACUUGUCCUGUCCUGUUUUGAUCUCCCAGAUUUCUUGACGAAAGUAUCUUUCGCUGUUGACUUUGCAUUGCGGUAAGGAUUUGCCAGUUGACAGCGGCUUUCCUCGGCCGUAUGGAUAUAACUUUGCAAUCCAGUUUCCAACUUCGCGGAAAUCACCAUGAUGAUGCAACAUUCCCAAACACAAGACCCAAACUCGCUUGAAUUCAAGAUUUUGAGAUCCACCGGAAACUGGGAGAGGCAGGUGGGUUUACCUACAAACACUAAAGUUGAAUACGGCAUCAUCGGCAGCUUCCAAAGCGGAGUAUAAGUGCUCAGGCCCUCGUCCGCCUCGUAUGCUUUGCUUUGUUUGAGAGAAAAUGCUUGCAAUGCAUUAACAUACACCGCUCUAGACCUUCUCUCUUUGACAAGUCAGUACACCGCCAUUUGUAUGGGGCGGAUUUCGGGUGCUCGAAUGUCUCGAAGAUUCAAAGAUACUGAAAACGUGGUUCCACGUUUGAGAUGGUUCAAAGUCCCAUGCAGAACAUUGAGGCUCUUUGAUCGCAACGAAGCGAGCUAC